CAUUCGGGAUAAUUUGUUGCGCCGUGAAGAGUGACAAUGUCUUCUCCUUACGUACUCGAGCUCGCUAGUGGUGGCUUUAGUUUUGAAAACUGUAUCAGAAACUCAAGGCUUCAGGUUUCAGGGGAGAAAACCACAAAGCUUAAGGUUAAAAAAACUGGAACAACAAUUGCUGGAGUCAUUUUCAAGGAUGGUGUAGUUCUUGGUGCGGAUACUCGGGCAACAUCUGGAGAGGUUGUUGCAGAUAAAAACUGCAGCAAAAUUCACUAUAUAGCUCCGAAUAUUUAUUGUUGUGGUGCUGGCACUGCUGCGGAUACAGAGAAAACGACAGAUAUGCUGCGUUCCAAUCUCGCUCUCCAGAUCCUCUCCAUGGGCCGCAACCCUCGCCUCAUCAUGGCCAGUCGCAUUUUGCAGGACUUUCUUUUCAGGCACAAGGGCCAAGUCAGUGCCAUGCUGCUGUUAGGUGGGGUGGACUGCACAGGACCUCAUAUCUUCACUGUUGGUCCCCAUGGCUCUGUCAACAAAGCUCCAUUUGCAACAAUGGGAUCUGGUGAUCUGGCGGCUUUGGCUGUCUUUGAAGACCGUUUCAAACCCAAUAUGACAGAGGAGGUGGCCAAACUUCUUGUUCGGGAUGCUAUAAGUGCAGGAAUUAUGAAUGAUCUUGGCUCUGGAAGCAAUGUAGACCUGUGUGUCAUUAGAAAGAAUGAGAUUGAGUACAUACGACCAUUCGAGAGCUCAAACUACAAAAGUAAAAGGCAGAGAAAAUACAAAUAUCCAGAAGGAACAACUUCUGUCAUCGAGGAACGAACCAUAAAUCUGAAUCUGGAUUUAGUAGAGGAGACUGUGCAGCAAAUGGAAGUAGCACAGUAGAUCGAUAUUUUACAUUGAAAC